CAUCUCAAGAGCCUGUUCUUCCUACGUUUCUCCUCUCUUUCUCUCUCUCUCUCUACAUAAACUUCAACAGAGAUUUCAUCACCGCCUUCUCUCUCUAUAUCUGCCCUAAUAUCACUCCGUCUCCCGUUCCAAUUCCUCCCCUGCACUCCAUUACUCUCCAUCUCUCCACCGCCGCCCUCUCUCUCUCGCUCUCUCUCGCUCUCUCUCUCUAUACAUAUAUAUCUAGACAAUAUAUACUUCGGCGGUUAUUCAAGCAGUUUUAGGGUUUCCUGGAUCCUUACACGGGAAACUACGCAGGAGGUUUGGUUUUAUAUUUUUUUCUCUCUGGACGUCGCUCUCGAUCAUUACAACUUAAUCGGCAGAUAAUUCUAGAUUUUGGUCGGUUGAAACUCUAAUUCUAUUGGGUUUUGAUUUAGUUCCUCAAGUUAAUUGCACGGCCGGGGGCUGUAUUGGUUUCUAGGGUUUUAUCGUACUAAUUGAUGCGAGCCAGUGAUUAAGAACCUAGGGUUUCAAGUUUCAAUUCGUUUGUAUGGUAGUUAUUGGUAACGGGAGUUGGGUUUUUGCGGCAAUGAGGGUCCUCUGAGUGCUUUAUUUUUGUCUGUGAAUCCGUCUCUCACUGAGGAUGGAGGGGUAGAGAAGGAUUUUUCUUCUAGUUGUUUGUCAUUGUAUUCGCACGGCGGUGGUGAUGAACCUUCUUGCUGGCAUUUCUGUUUAAGUUCAUCGUCUCGCUAAUGUCUAUUUGAGGUUUUCACCUCUUUUAAUUGUUGCGAGAGGACAAGGAUGUUAGUUUCGUUCGAAUACUGUUGAAGUGGUAUAAUCGCAGAGAGGGUGACUCUGGGAACUUGGAGGUAAUUGCGAAGCAAGUUGGGUUUUUUAGGGAAAAGUAAGUGUUUAGAUAAUUGCACAGAGGUGGAGACAAGUGUUUAAGUUCGUCAUCUGGCUCUAUUUGAGGUUUUCGUCUCAUUUAAUUGUUGUGAGGGGACAAGAAUAAGUUUCAUUCAAAUACUGUUGAAAUUUUGUAGUCGCAGAGAGUGCGACUUGGGGAAUUGGAGUUAAUUUCAAAGCAAGUUUGAUUUUGAUGGAAAAGUAAGUGUUUAGAUAUUUACUGAUAGGAGAUCACAAUCUUUUCGCGGGGAGGGGAUUUGAAGCAGAGGCAAAUUGUGGUUUAUUGUAUAGUUGAUAAUGUUCACUUCUCAUGGACAGAAGUGAACCCACAUUAGUUCCAGAAUGGUUGAGAACUACUGGAAGUGUCGGUGGGGGUAGCAAUUCAGCCCACCAUUUUGCAUCAUCUUCUUCGCAAUCAGGUAAUGGUCUUUCCUCAGCACCCUCCACUCGAAAUAGAUGUUCUAGGAGUGCAAGUGAUAAAGAUAAUUCUCGGCGUAGUUCAAAUGGUAAUGGUUCUUCAAAGCAUCCGUACAGUAGUUUCAGUCAAAGUCAACGUGAUAGGAACCGUGACAAAGAGAAAGAAAGGUCUGCUAUUGGGAACCUUUGGGACCGCAACGAUCCAUUGGGUGAUAUAUUAAUUAGUAGAGUUGAGAAGGAUACAUUGAGGCGUUCUAAUUCACUUGUGUAUAGGAAACCUGUGGAGUUAUUGCCUCGAAGAGCAGUGGACUCAAAAAAUGGUGGUAGCAGCAAUCACAGUAGUACCAAUGGUGUGCUUCCUGGAAGCAAACUUGUUAGGAGCACCCUGAAAAGUUCUUUUGACAAGGAUUUUCCCUCUCUUGGAACUGGAGAGAAGCAAGGAGUGCCUGAUAUUGGAAGAGUUCCAUCUCCUGGUUCAACCACCGCUGUACAGUGUUUGCCUUUUGUAAAUCCUGGCUUGAUUGGUGGUGAGGGGUGGACUUCUGCUCUGGCAGAGGUGCCCAAUAUGAUUGGCAGCAAUAGCACGGGUCCCACAUCAGUUCAACAAAGUGUUAGUUCGAGCCAAUCAUCUGGGGCUUCAAAUCCUAUAGCAAGUCUUAACAUGGCCGAGGCAUUAUCACAGGCUCCAUCUCGAGCUCAUACUACUCCCCAGCUGCCUGAUAAGACGCAGAGGCUUGAGGAAUUGGCAAUAAAGCAAUCCAAACAAUUAAUCCCGGUGACACCCUUGACGCCUAAAGGCUUGGUUCUUAGUUCUGAUAAAUCAAAGCCCAAAACAGCAGUGAGAACCAAUGAGACGAUGGUGGGUUCCAAGAGUGUGCAGCAGCAGCAGCCUCAAUCAUCCCAACUUGCUAAUCACUCUCUUCAUGGUGGACAAGGCAGAUCUGACGCCUCAAGAUCAUCUCAUGCUGGGAAGUUUCUUGUUCUCAAGCCAGUUCGGGAAAAUGGUGUCUCCUCCAUAGGAAAGGAUGUGACAAACCCAAUUGAUAAUGUCAGCAGAGUAGUAAAUGGUCAGGUUGCUUCUGCUUCUGCUCCAAUGCUUUCUUCUGCUCCUAUGAAGAGCCCAAAAAGCUCAAAUUUUUCCAACAUGGAAGGCAAGGUAGCUGUUUUGUCUUUAAAUUCUGGAUCCACGUUGGAAAAGAAAUCGUCUCAGGCUCGGAGCCGGAGUGACUUUUUCAAUCUCAUGAGGAAGAAAACCUCAUCAAACACUUCUGCUGAUGUGUCUCUGCCUGUGGAGAAAUGCUGUGAAUUGGUCGAGGGAGCUAGUUCUCGCAUAAGUUCUUGUGCUAGUGAGACUGGUAGUGAGGUGACUAACAAUGGGGAUAGUUCUGAAGGGGAGAAGAAUUUGUGCCUUAAUGGAACACUUUAUCCAGAUGAGGAAGAGGCUGCAUUUCUUCGUUCUCUUGGCUGGGAGGAAAAUGCUGGAGAAGAAGAUGGGCUUACAGAGGAGGAGAUCAAUGCCUUUUACGACGAGUACAUGAAACUGAGGCCAUCCUUAAAACUGAGUAGAGGCGUGCAACCGAAACUUUCAAUGCUUCCUGAAUCCCCCAUUUCCGGUUCAAGCAGAGCAUCUUCCGAAACUGAAGCCUAAUUUGCUGCUUUUCUCAUGUAUUACUGAUUUUUCUCACGUACAGGAUCUGGAAAGUUUUGGUUGACAGAUGGUUUUGUUUCUUGUUUUCUCAUCUCUUUGUUUCUGAAGAAGGCCGUCGAGUAGGAUACGGAAAGCAAAGGUUACUGUUAGUACGAUAAGUCACAGAAGUCUGCAUCUUGCAUUUUGAAGCUGUGGACAUAUUGGUCUGCUAUGGGUGACGCUGAGCAAGUUGCAUCUUUCCGUACCUUUUUGCUAUUUUCUUCUUACUUUGAGAGGCAUAAAUUUUCUCCAGAAUAGCUUUAUCGUGUUUUGCUCAAUUUUACAGGAAAAUGAAAAAGAAAGGUUGAAGUUCUUUUUA